AGCUCGUUAAGUGCGGUUGUGUUUUCUUACUCCACUCGUGUCUCGUGGAUGUGCUGGCGUGAAACUGGUGUUAAAGGAUGAGUUUGCAAACAUCAACGGCGACGAAAUCGAUCGCCUCGACUCCGUUCUCUAUCAACGACAUCCUGACUAGGUCCCGACGCGGUGACAGUGAAAGACGAAGCUCGGUUGAGUCGUCCGGAAACGAGGAAGAAUUAAGUGAGCUUGGAAGAAUGAGAUACUAUAAAAGUGGAUCUUCGGUGGAUCACGGUGAAUUCUAUGGAAAGUUAAACAUGUCGGGCUACUACCAUAACAACAACAAUAACAACACUAAUGGAUUCAAUUUGGGAAAUCUACAUCCGUCGUUGCGACGAGGAUCGCUGGACUGUUUCAUGGUUCCUGCGGAACGUUGUGACCAACGUUUGGGGUCCAGGUGCCAUAGUGAGUUGGGUGACUGCGAUGGGGAUCGCUACGAAAAGUCUAGAAGUGAAUCGAGCAGCGAAUGCUUUCGGAUGAAGAACGGUCGAAAUGACAGCCCCUUGGAUAUGAGACGCUCGGCCGAGAACGAAUCAGAUUGUGAUUCGCCUUCGCCGUACGGAAAUCACCUUUCACUGCAUAACGGCAUGCUGGCGGCGGACGACUUGCCGGCUGCCACUAGGAAAAAGCGCUCUCGAGCUGCUUUCAGCCACGCUCAGGUGUUCGAGUUGGAGCGCCGUUUCGCUCAGCAGCGCUAUCUUUCCGGACCGGAGCGAUCCGAACUGGCGAAGAAUUUGCGGCUUACCGAGACUCAAGUGAAAAUUUGGUUUCAAAAUCGUCGCUACAAAACCAAACGAAAGCAGAUCCAGCAGCACGAGGCAGCACUGUUGAACGCCACCAAGCGAGUUCCGGUGCAGGUUUUGGUGCGAGAGGACGGAAGCUACGGACCUGCAGCUGCAGCUGCUGCUGUUCUGGCUGGUCAACCGCAUUAUGCUUCUGGACUGGAUCCAGCGCUCCUCAAUGUGUAUCGUCACCAGAUUCAAAUGGCUUACGGGAUGCCAGUACCACCGAUGCCAUUUUCCUACUUCUAUCCGGCUUCCAGCAAGUUGCCCACUUCUAUUCCGGCAAUGGCAAUGGCUGUGACUUCAAAGCAGCCGCUAAACUUCUCCACCCGGUCGCCACCAAUCGAUCAGACGGCUGCUCAUGAGCGCCGUUUGUCGCCAGCGGAAAUCAGAGAUCCCAGAGCCGGUGACGAAGAAAUGGCGUAUACCGGCCGGGAGCGCAAAAUAACCGAUGACCCCUGCGGACGAGAAUCGACGGCAGAACGGAGUGGCAGCCAUCACGAAUGCGAAAUGGUGUCUGCAGGAGAGGUUGAAGAGGAGAGUGAAAAUGUGGAAAUCGAUUAAAGUUGACACACGUUUGUUUAAAGUGAGUCUCGAAUGAUGCGACAAAAUAGAAAAACGAAGUGAACCAAAGAUAUGAAAGAUAAUUAAAGUGAAAUGUACAUACAUCAUAGCAUUAGGCGUGAGCAGGAACCAGAAUGAUGUUAGUUACUAAGUUUCAA